ACUGCAUCUAGAUAAACUUUAUUGUAACAGACUCUGAAGCCCUCUUUGCAAGCGUCACUCCAUCUGAACAGUUCACUUCUCAAUAGGAGUAACAGUAUUUCAUAGUAUUGUAGUUAACAGCUUAAAGGAAGAAGGAAUGAUUCUUCUUACUGUGCUUUUCCCAUGCAUUAUUUCCACAUACUCGGCGUCUGUGAAAGGUCACAAUACUGGUCCAAGAAUUAACAAUGACAAGCUAUAUAAAUUUGCCUACUCCACUGAAGUACUUAUUGACAGGGUCAAAGGAUCACCCCAGGAGAGCGCAGGCUUCCGUAUUGCAUCUGAAGUGGAUGUCAACUUAGUAUGGAGAAAUCCCAAUAAUGAUGAUGAUCAGUUGAUCAAAAUUGCGAUAACAGACGUAACAGUUGAAAAUGUCAAUGAGCGGCCUACACACAAAAACAUUUUUAAUGGGAAAAACACAGAUAAAAUAAUUGGAAAAGAGCAUCUGGCAGCUUUAAAAAGACCUGUAAUUCUCCAGUGGACUCGUGGAAAGGUUAAAAACUUCUACUCUUAUGCAAAUGAACCUGUUGUUGUUCAGAAUCUGAAGAAAGGUCUGGCAAGCUUGUUUCAGAUACAGAUGAAUUCUGGAGUUGUCAGCGAGACGGACAUCUCUGGAAGAUGCAAUGUCACCUAUCAGGCUCGACAAAAUCAAAUCACUAAAAUUAAAGCCCUGAACACAUGCAAACUGGAACGGACAGGCUUUACAAGCCACAGUCAGAUUAUUGACAUCAGCAAAAAGUCUACUUCUGCUGCCAUUUAUGUGCUGGAAGACACUUUUUUAAAAACUGUCCGGGCGGAAGAAAAUCAUGUUUUCAAGAUGACUAUUCGGCAACAAACUGAUGCAAAAGUCAUUUCAAAGCAGAAACUGGAGCUGAAGUCAACUGAAGCUGGUCCAAGGAUGAUGGCUGGGAAGCAAGUCACCAGUAUUGUCAAGGCUCUAGAUUCAAAUUAUGUGGCUAUUUCACUAGUAGCAGAGCCAGUCAUCAGUGAAUGCAAAAGUUGUCCCUCAAUCUCUCAGCACUGGAAUACCAUUCGAAAAAAGCUGGAACCAGAAAACCUUUCCACAGCUGAUGCUGUGAUGGGUUUUUUAUCCUUUGUUCAGAACCUGAGGAAGGCUACAAAAGAAGAGAUCCUUCAGAUAUUAAGAACAGAAAGUAAUGCAGGAUUAUUUCCCCAGCUGGUUGAUGCUGUAGUCUCUGCUCACACUUCAGCUUCUUUGGAAGCUAUGUUGGAAUAUCUGGAUUUCAAGAACAAUACUAGCACUCUCCUUCUGGAGCGGUUCCUCUACGCCUGUGGACUUGCCCCUCACCCCGACGAGUUACUGCUUAAGUCUUUAAUAAAUAUAUAUCACAGUGCAGUUGGCAACAGUGAAAUCAGAGAAGUAAAUGUCCUGAUAAUUGGGGCACUCAUCAGAAAGCUGUGUGACAGAGGAAGCUGCAAACUGCCUGCUGUUGUGGAAGCCAAGAAGCUGAUCAUGGGAGGCCUGAGCAGGACUCAGAAGGCAGAUGAUGUGAUGACUUACCUGCUAGCACUGAAAAAUGCCCGUCUGCCUGAAGCUAUCCCACUGCUUUUGAAAUAUGCUGAGUCAGGAGAAGGACGUGCCAGCCAUACUGCUGCUACUGCCCUGCAGAGAUACGACCCUAUUUUCAUCACCAGUGAGGUGAGGAAAGUAAUGAACAGGAUUUAUCACCAGAAUCGGAAAGUACAUCAGAAGACUAUGCGCACCACAGCAGCUGCCAUCAUCUUUAGUGGCAAUCCUUCCUACAUGGAAGUAAAAAAUCUCCUCCUCUCCAUUGGACACUUGCCACUGGAAAUGAAUAAGUAUAUGCUUUCACUAGUCCAAGGCAUUCUACGUUUCGAAAUGCCAGCCAGCAAAAUGAUCCGCAGAGUUCUGAAGGACAUGUUCAUUCAUAACUAUGACCGAUUCUCAAAGAUGGGUUCUUCCUCAGCCUUCUCUGGGUACCUAAUGCGUGGCGCAGAUGUGGCACUCACAUAUACUUUUGACAUUCUCUACUCUGGUUCUGGCAUCAUGAGGAAAAGUAUCACAAAUAUCUUUUUAUCCAAUGAAUUUGCUCAACUUCAUGCCAUUCAGGUGAUGAUUGAGGCUCAGGGUCUGGAAUCCGUUAUAGCUGCAACUCCAGAUGAAGGUGAAGAAGAUCUGGAGUCUUUCUGUGGCCUGUCAGCAAUUUUGCUUGAUGUUCAACUUAGGCCUGUUACCAUUUUCCAUGGAUAUGGAGAUUUAAUGUCUAAAAUGUUCUCUGUCUCUGGUGAUGCCAUGCAAGUGUUGAAAGCUCUCAUUCUUCUGAUGGAUUACUCACAGACUAUCCAACUACAAUCGGGGCUGACAUGCAGCAUAGAGUUCCAGGGAGGCUUGUCCAUUGACAUUUCAAGUGCAAUGGAAUUUAGUCUUUGGUACAGAGAAUCCAAAACCACUGUCAAAACCCGGGGAAGUUUUGUGGUAGUUGGCAACAUAGUUGUUGACUCUUCUUUUGUGAAGGCUGGCAUGGAAACCAGCUAUGAAAUCGAAGCAACAAUGAAUAUCAUCUCUACAGUUCAAUUUAUACAGAAUCCAUUUAUAGUCUGCCUAGAGGUGGACAGAACUGGAGCUCCAUUCAGGGAAUACUUAACCAAAUAUGAAAGCCUGCCUUCAGGCAAAUCUUAUACCACCCGGAAAGGAAAAGAAAGGCUGCUGGAAGGUUCUCAGCACCCCCUUCACCAAGAGAACUCCAACAUGUGCAGAGAAGUUUUCACUGAUGAGUCUGACUCCUCAGAAAGCUGGUUUUGAAGCAGGUGCUGGAUCUUUAAUUUUACCAAAACCUUGGCUGACAUAGUCAUUUAUGUACUGCACUAGCAUACGGCCUGAAUCUACAAGGUUCAAGCUCUUGAAUGGGUGCAUUCUGUUUACAUAUUUACAGAUAUUUAAGAGGAAUAGAGGAAUCUUUUUUUUUAAAGCAAGCUAAGGAAAGAGUACAAUGUGAUGCAGUUCCAAACAUUCACUGCGUAUCCCUUCAGAGUUAAAUAUAAAAAGACAUCUCCUAAAUUGGGGUAUAUAUUGGAACCCAUGGUUCUGAUAGGCAGUUUGUAAAAAUUCUACAGUAAAGUAAUAAUUAUCUCUAAAUAUAUUUUGGCUUUGUUCUUCAGUUACUUUACUCCAUAGCAGACCUAUUGUUGAGGGAUUUUGGAAUUAGUGGUAUCCAUUUUUAAAAGCAGGUAAUGAUGAAGACAUACAGAAGAAUCAUGUGCAUAACCCCAGAAGGGUUAGCUUUUGUUUAUCCUGGUUAAAAUGAAGAAUUGUGGCAUAGCAAAACCAUGUUCCUGUACAACUCUCAUUCAUCUUCAUGGAGUUCAUGUAGAUGCUCCUGAUGAAAGCUUAUUUUUAAUAUGUAUGCUGUUGUGAAGUUUGUUUUAAUUUAAUUCAAAGAAAACCUCAGAACUAAGACAAUAUAUAUGGGACAUAUGUAUUAGCACAAAUGGCAUGAAAACAAUAACAUGCUGUUUUUUACUGGUGUUAUUUGAGGGGAUUUUGGAUAUAGUUGGCCUAAUAUUCCUUUGUUUGUUCCUGGGCUGCUGAAUCAGAAAGCAGCUCUGUGUUUCUAAUGAUUUUGUUGUUGUCAUAAGUUAUUUGUUUUUAAAAGGUACAUUUUUUACAAAGGGUAGAUAUAUUUGAUAAAAGAUGUUAGUGUGCAUAGUGCAAAACACAAAAUUUUGCUCCUUCUCAAACAAACAACAUAGUCCACAUCAGUGCUUUUAAACCUCGUGAAAUUAUGUGAAACAUGGAAUUCCCCCACACAUCACAAAAUUGUGUUGGAAGAUAUGAAAAUCUUAACACAACAAGUAACCAUCCCCUAUUAUUUUAUAAUUAUCUUUGUACUAAAAUGAUAGACCAAUUAUUGUUGGCUAUUGUACAAAAUUUGAGCAUUCACAAACCAUCCCAUUUAUGUUAGACUGUUCUUUGCUAUGAAGAUGUUUUAUUUUUUUCAGUUCACUUGCUAGGAAAUUGGAAAUGGACAGAGUUUCUAAUUCUGUAAUAUAUACAAAUGAGCAAUUGUUACAUCAUCCCAUGGGCAUGCAUAGAAUCAGCUAUAAAUGGCGUGCAUAGAAUCAGCUAUAAAGCUGCCAUAUUGGAUUGAUCCAAGGUAGUUUUUUUGGGGGGAGGAGUGAGUAAAAUGAUAAAGACCAUGAGUUCUGGCCUCACUGGUAGACCUCCUGAUGGCACCUGGGUGUUAUAGAGUAUUGGACUAGAUGGGCCACUGGCCUGAUCCAUCAUGACUUUUUUUAUGUUCUUGAUCAGGGAUAGCUGACUUAUUGGGGAGGGGGGUGAUUAACUUAGGUGAUUAACGUAAGAAUGACUAGAAGACACUACUGACAGAUUUUGCUUCCUUUUAACCCUGGACUGGUUUUCCUGCUGUAAUCUUGGUAGUUCUCUUCCUUUUGCCCUCUCUCUACAUUUCUAGGAUCUAAAAAGAAAUAAUUUACCAUGAAUAGGGCUACUCUGAUAAGGCUUACAUGGUUUGAAAUGAUGGUAACACAGCUUCCCUUAUGACACCAUUUCUGUGUACUUUACUGGAAGAUUGGGAAGCUCAGACAUGACCUAGCUUUGGUUUGGAGGAGUUGGCUGGGCACUACCAAACUUUCUCAGAGUAUACUCUAUAACUGCUGUCCUGCUGUGUUAUACUGUUUACAAUUGCAGCUGCUCAAUUCCCUCUCCCAGUAAGAGUAUUCUACUUUACUCUAGAGCUAUUCUAGCAGUGUCAAAAUUACCGACCGCUUUAAAAGUCUAGAAAAACAGCAUAAAUUCUCCUGAGCAGGAAGAAUACAAUUCUAGUAGAAAGUAGAAGUAUUUUUCUGUGUUAAAUAAUAAAAAAAAUUAUUCAGCAGAUUAGUUUUAACUAAAGAUGAAAUUCUGCACUUUAUCAUUCAUGCAUACAAUCAAUUGGAUUUGCUUGUGGUGGUAGGAUUGUAUCCAAUACCAUUCCUUGGGAAACCAAGAGUUUCUUGCUGAAGGCCAUUAGCAGCCUACACCAGCAAAAUUCAAAAGAAUUUCUUCCAGGCCAUUCCUCAAACACGCUGCUCACCAAGUCCCUCAGAAGUAAGUGAUUGGAGCCUUACAAAUGUUGUCAUUACCACUGUGUAAUAAAUGAUUUGUUUAUGCUUCCCAAA